CUGAACUGGGUGACCAGCUGGGGCUUUGGCUUGCCUGGAGUUCUACGCAACUCCCAAAAAAUAAAUUGAAUAAAAAAUUAAAAAUAAAAAGAAAGCGAGAGAAGGCCGUCUAGGCCGUCGUGAUGCUGCGCUAGUGAGAACUAACCGGUCGGAUAUUGGAAUGAUUAUCCUGGGCACUCGACCGCCCUCUUCCCACGGCCAGACGUGGGCUGGUAGGGAGGGAGAUACGAGCGGGCGUCCCAAGACAAACACCCAAUAUCGUGGAGGGCUGAAAGACAGCCAAGGUGGGAAGCUGGGAGAUGUUGGCUGGCUGCUGCUCCUUCACGAUGCCGGCUGGAAAAGGACAAAAGGGUGACACAUCGCUCGCCAUCGCCAAGGUAGAGGCCUGCUCCUCACCUACCAAGUAGCCUCCUCAUCCUCCUCCACGCUCACUACCUGUCCAACCCAACAGCCUCCUCCGGAACCAUCCCAGCUACCUAAUUCCCAACCAGCCCAAACCGCCCAACAUGCAGUUCUCCGCCUCGGCUCUCCUCGUCCUGGCCUCGGCCGCGUCAACCCUCGCCACCGACGCCUGCCUCGCCUGCAGAACGAGCAACAACCAGGACGGCUGCCAGCGCGGCGUCAUGGGCACGGGCGCCCACAUCAGCGUGUCCAUGCCCGCGCGCUCGGCCGACUGCUCGGCCGCCAUCGCCGUGACCGUGACCCCGCAGCCGGUCAUCGUCACCGUGACCAAGACCAACACCGAGCCCGCCGCGGUGCCGACCUACGUGGGCGACAAGUGCGGCGGCAGCGGCGAGCGCUACGUGAGCGCCUGCAAGUGCGCCGGCGUCGUGGCCCCGACCAUCACGGCGGCGGCGCAGACCGUCACCGUCACCACCACGGUGGCCCAGUCCGUCCGCACGGUCCCGAACCCGGUCCGAUUCCUGCGCAAGUGAGCAGCUCUGCUCUUUUUCGUUGUCUUGCCGCCGUGGAAAGAGAGGGGAGGUGAAAAGAGCAGGAGGAUUCAAAUCACCCCGCUGUUUGGUGGCAACGCCUCGCUCCCCUUGGGAAAAAUUAAUAAAAAGGGCCCCUAAAAAGCUACAGUGUAAAACGGGCGAGGCGGCAAGCGAGUGGAGGGCUGAAGCGAGAGAGACGGUAUAAUGAAAGCACGAGCCGAGAUAAUGUCAUGUGCUAGGGAUUUGUUUACUUGUUUUUGGUUUACAACAUCAUGUUCCCCAGAGACGUCAAGAAUACGAUUUCUUUUUUUCGCCACA